AUAUCUUCUAAACGCUUAUUAAAUACUUCUAGCACUUCGAGAUGUAAAUUAUUAAAUCAUAUCAACUUUAAAUGACCUUGCAAGACUGAAGACUAGUACCUGUAGGUCGGUAUUUAUUAAUGGAGAGAUGCACGAACCACGUAGCAAAACUAUAAGUGUAUUUCAAUGGAAAACUGUGCUUUUCGCAAUGUUAUUUUUGAAUGUUUUAUUCGUUUAUCAUUUUGUUGGACGUCUCAAAAUAAAUAUUUUACCGGAUCGUAAAGACACUGGAUCAUUGUAUUAUACUAUUAAGAAUGUCGAUCCAGGGAAUCGAGUUAAAGCCCACAACCCAGCACUUAAUUCACACUUAGCACCGAAAAAGAAUUCAAAAUAUUAUAAUAUGGGAAUCCAUGGACACAACUGCACAAAAAUCCGGCAACAUUUUGUCGUUGGGCAAACAGUUCCUAAGGAAGCGAAAAACAGCAGUUCGAAGACUCUGCUCAAAACUGGGUCACAACCGGAAGUGCUUCCAACGUAUAGUACUGAUGGUAGAGGGCGUUGGUUUCCAACUUCCUGUAAAACUAAGCAAAGAACCGUCAUUGUGAUUCCGUAUAGGGACAGAGCUGAUCAUCUUAAAAUAUUCAUCGAACAUCAUGUUCCAAUUUUUCGAAGACAGUUGUUGGAUUACACUAUUAUUGUCGUAGAGCAGGAUAACAGCAAAAGAUUUAACAGGGGGAUGUUAUUCAAUAUUGGAUACAAAGAAGCUCUUUCAUUGAGAGAUGGGAAUCAAGCUCCUCUAUGUUUAAUACUACAUGACGUCGACCUACUUUUAGAGAAUGAUCGCUUGAUCUACGAUUGCUCGCAAUAUCCAACUCACUUUUCUUUGGCUAUAGAUAAGUUUCAGUAUAGUUUACCAUAUGAUUGGCUAUUUGGUGGUGUAGUAGCGUUGCUAGGAGACCAGUUCGAGGAAACAAACGGCUUUGGUAACCUCUUCUUUGGAUGGGGUGGUGAAGAUGACGAUUUCAGAGAAAGGUUAUUAUAUGCUGGAUUGUUCCCCGUACAACACGAUAAUGCAUCUAUAUCUCGAUAUUCUAUGAUAACGCAUGGUGAAAGUAAAAGCAAGAAUGAAGACAGGCAAAACAUGGUAGCAACUGGAUACGAAAGAUACCAUUGUGAUGGACUUAAUUCAAUGGAAUAUGCAGUGAACAAUACACAAUAUAAAGAACACUUUAUUAUCAUCAGUAUUACUUUACCUUUAAAUCUAAAAAGGUCAAGUGUUUGUCAAAGCUGCUUUUCAGAAAAUAAGGACUUGAAAAUCGAUUCAGAAAUCAGCGAUAAUGGCACUAUGAAUGAACCCCCUGAUAUAUGCUUGUAAAAUAAUGAAUACUUGAAUAUUAUCUUCAAUAUAUCAACCCGAGGGACGAUUGAUAUAUUGUAUUUACUGAGG